GGUCCUAGUUUCAGUCGGGAAGUUACACAGCAUUGCUCAGGACGUCGUAGUUGCUGUAGUAACGCUAGAAACGCUUUUGUCUUUUUUACCGGAACAUCAGAAUUACGUCAUUAUAAAGAAUUAUAUGUUUGAAGCGAGACAAUGAGCCCUGACAGGUUGUCGCAGCCCGGUUUGGAAUACUUAGCGCAGAGACAUGUUUUGACGUACUUAGAGGAUGCACUAAGUCAGCUUCUAGAGAACAGGGAAGAGGUGGAACCGUGCAGCUCUGCUAGGUUUUUCUCUGAGUACUUUAAUAGUGUAUCGCAGGGGACUCAUGUGUUAUUCAGGGAGUUUGAAUUUGUACAAGCUACUCCCCACAACAGAGCGUCAAUCCUUCGUAUCUUCUGGAAGUGCUUCCGAACCAUUGCGAAAAAUGGAGAUCUUUUGACAGUGAACGAGUACCACUGUCUGCUGCAGAUGUUGUGCCCAGACUUUCCCAUGGAACUGACCCAACGAGCAGCCAGAAUUGUCCUGAUGGACGAUGCAAUGGAUUGUUUGAUGUCAUUCUCAGAUUUCCUCUAUGCAUUGCAGAUUCAGUUUUAUUACUCAGAGUUCCUGGACAGUGCGUCUGCUAUUUACCAUGAUCUUCUGACUGGUAAGAACUCCAACACGGUUAUAGUCCCAACAUCGCGGUUGCCUGUAUCACGCCAGCGGCAGCCCCCUGGCGACAGCUGCACACAUGAAGGUGUAGAUGCUGGACAGUUCUAUCAGGGUGUGGAGAGCCUCUGUGAGAGGUAUAGGCACAGCUUCCCUCCUCUACCGCUACUUUGUGAAAUUACCAGCAGUGCUACAAGAGUCACCUUCUAUGGCUUCCUGAUGGCACUUGCAAAGCAUCCAGGAAUUAACCGACAGAUUGGUGCUCUUCCUGAUAAGGCGGAUCUGUUAAUUGAUGAAGCCUUAGACCUGGAACUUGACAAAAUAAUUGCUCAGCUUUCUACUGCUUCCAUCUCUCAACCUGGCGGCUCAUGCAAUCUACCAUCCAGAGAGGUUAUUCGAGUACCUUCACCAAGAAAACCUGUGUCUACCCGCAAACGCCCAGACAUGGAGAGUGACGGUUCUACUGAAGAGACUGAUUCAUCUGAAAAUUAGAGAAGCAACAAGCCACCAUCCGUACACAGACAUAGACAAUUUGCAGAGUAUAUUCACAGCAUUUCUUCACUGAAAAAGGGAACAGAUUUCAAUUCAAAAGAGUGAUUGUAUAUAGGAAAUUUUAAUUUAUUUUAUUUAAAUGUUUUUUUUUUUAUUUGCUGUAAAGUAGCUCAUGACUGCAUUAAGUUACAAAAUAAAAAACUGACAAUCUUGAAUGAGAAA